AUGAAAUCAGAUCCCAAUCAAGUCUCCAUCACAGUGGCUGCCUCAAGCACUUCCAUGAACAAUGACUCGACACCUGCCGGAACUUCGAAUAUUUUCAAAUAUAGAGCUCAAGAAAAUAAUGAAUGGACUCCUGGUGCCAUUGUUUCUUGCAUCUUCUUUUAUGGUGGAUUUAUCUUUCCUCCUUUGUGGAUCAUUGGAUUCUUUUAUUUUAGGUCACAAAAUGAUCGAGAAUACUUUUGGGGAUCGAUGAAUGUCUCUGCUUGUUCCAUGUGUUCGUUUAUAAUUUAUGUGGUGGCUUGGUUGACUUUUGUGUUUUUCAUGUAUGUCACUAAUAACUCAAUUACUGUGAGACCUUAUUAUACGACUUUUAAGGGAGGAUAUUUAGAACCUGGAGAAUGGGUGGCUAUUUUAUAUGCAGUGGUGAUGGUGUCUAUUUUGGGAUAUGAAUUUGUGAAAUAUGUUGUGAAAUUUAUUCGUAGAAAAUGGAAGAAAAUUCGUCGUUAA